AUGCUGCCGUGGGUGACACUACUGGUUCUGGCUCCUAUCAAUGGACAAUUUGCACCUUCACACAAAUCUGUGAUUUCCCUCAAUCCUCCAUGGACCACAGUCUUCCAAGGAGAGAAAGUGACUCUAACUUGCAAUGGAUUUCACCUUUAUGUACCAGAGAAAACAACAUGGUACCGAUCAUACCAUGGGGAAGAAAUACAAAGAGGAAACACCCUGGAGGUCCAUGAAUCUGGAAAGUACAGAUGUCAGACCCAGGGCUCAUUAAUAAGUAACUCUGUACACUUGGUCUUUUCUUCAGCUUUGCUGAUCCUGCAGGCUCCACUUUCUGUGUUUCAAGGAGAUUCUGUGGUUCUGAGGUGCCAGGCAAAGGUUGGUGUAGCACCAAAAACUAUUAAGAAGAAUGAUGAAGUCCUGGCAUCCCUUAAUAAAAACUCAAACUUCUAUAUUCAUAAUGCAAGUCUGAAGGACAAUGGCGUAUAUUACUGUAUUGGAUCUAAGGAAAAGUGUUGCUCCGUUAUUUCCAACAGAGUCAACAUUGAAGUCCAAGAACUGUUUCCUCGUCCCGAGCUGACAGCUAGCCCUUUCUUGCUCAUGGAUGGGAGUUCCAUGACCCUGACCUGUAAGACUCAGCUUCCUCCAGAAAGGCCAAAUGUCCAGCUCCAGUUCCGCUUCUUCAGAGAAAGACAGACCCUGGGGUCUGGAUGGAGCAGCUCCCACACACUUUGGAUCACUGCUGUGUGGACUGAAGACUCAGGGUUCUACUGGUGUGAGGCAGAGACAGUGACUCACACGGUCAGAAAACAGAGCCCAAGAUUCAUGAUACAUGUGCAGAGUGUUGAUGUCAAGGUCCAAAUACGCACUUUCCCAGCCUCAGGGUCAGUGUUUGAAGGGCAGGAACUGGUGUUCAUCUGCUCAGUCCAUGGAGUCACAGGAUCCGUCAUAAUCUUCUGGUACAAAAUAGUUAACAAUUUGGGCAAGGGAACACGUAUUCAGAGUUCUCCAGAAGCAAGAUUAAAGAUCUCCAGCGUGAGAAGCAGCGAUGCUGGAGAAUAUUUCUGUGCUGUCAAAAACAAGAACCGCUACUUUCACAGCAAACCAGUGACCAGGCAGAAGCAACUCUUAAUGAAUUUUCUCUCUCUCUCAGUCCCUGUGCCUCACCCUGUCCUCACCCUCAGCUCUCCUGAGGACUUGGCUUUUGAAGGAGCCAUGGUGACACUUAGCUGCACAGUCCAGAGAGGCUCUCUGCCUAUCCUGUAUAAUUUUUAUCAUGAGAAUAACCUCCUGUGGAGAAACUUAAUCCACUCUGAAAGAGGAGCAACCUUCAACUUCUCUCUGACUGCGAAGGAUUCUGGGAACUACUACUGCACUGCUGACAAUGGCAUGGGCCCCCAACUCAGCAAGGCAGUGAGCCUCUUCAUUACAAUUCCAGUGUCACGCCCCGUCCUCACCCUCAGGACUCCCAGGGCCCAGACUGUUGUGGGAGACAUGGUAGAGCUUCACUGUGAGGCCCUGAGAGGUUCUCCGAUCCUGUAUCGAUUUUAUCAUGAGGAUGUCACCCUCAGAAGCAGUUCAGCCCUCUCUGGUGGGGGAGCGUCCUUCAACUUCUCUCUGACUGCAGGACAUUCUGGAAGCUACUCCUGUAUGGCUGAAAAUGGUCUGGGGGCCCAGCUCAGUGACACAAUAUUACUCAGUGUUAUAGUUCCAGUGUCACACCCUGUCCUCACCUUCAGGAAUUUGGGGGCCCAGGCUGUGGUGGGAGACGUGGUAGAGCUUCACUGUGAGGCCCUGAAAGGCUCUCCUCCAAUCCUGUACCAGUUUUAUCACGAAGAUGUCACCCUGGGAAACAGCUUAGCCUCCUCUGGAGGAGAAGCAUCUAUCAACCUCUCUCUGACUGCAGAACAUUCUGGGAACUACUCCUGUGAGGCCAACAAUGGUCUGAUAGCCCAGCAUAGUAAGGUGGUGACACUCAUAGUUACAGUUCCAGUGUCACGCCCCAUCCUCACCCUCAGGGCUCCCAGGGCCCAGGCUAUGGUGGGGGACAUGGUGGAGCUUCGCUGUGAGGCCCUGACAGGCUCUCCCCCGAUCUUGUACCGGUUUUAUCAUGAGGAUGUCACCCUGGGUAAUAGCUCAGCCCCCUCUGGAGGAGGAACGUCCUUCAACCUCUCUCUGACAACAGAACAUUCUGGAAACUACUCCUGUGAGGCUGACAAUGGCGUGUGGGCCCAACGCAGUGAGGUGAUGACACUUUCCAUCGCAAGGCUGAUCGACAGCAGAAGUGGUGCUGUUGCCACAGGAGUCACCUGGGGGCUGCUUGGCUUGACAGGCCUCAUUGCUGGGGCACUGCUGCUCUACUUCUGGUUCUUGAGAAAAACAGGGGGAAGGUCGUCCUCUGAGCCCUCCAGGAUCCCUUCAGACUUGGACCCCCAAGAGCCCACCUACCACAAUGUUCCAGCCUGGAUAGAACUGCAACCAGUGUAUGCUAAUGUAAAUACUAGAGGAGGAGACGUGGUUUACUCAGAAGUCAGGAGCAUCCAAGAGAGAAGCAAACAUGCAGUUGCCUCUGACCCCAAGCUUCUAAGAAACGAGGAGUCCCCUGUCAUCUACUCCCAGGUGAAGAUGGCUGCCCUCUCUCAGUCAAAGUCACUGUCACCUCACCUUGCCAAAAAUAGAUUAGGUUCUGCAGGGGAGUGGAAGGAGGAGGAGGUGCUGUGGCCAGGACCAUGGAGUAACAGGGACGCAGGGGGCAUCAGGGAAGGGUUCUGGAGCAUUACGCUCAGUGUGUGCCUAUUUAGCAAGGAAACGCAGCAGAUGGUUUGCACGUUGAACGCCAAGAGCAACCGCAGUUCUAAGUACCGACCACUAGAUGUCACUGGUUCCCCAGGCUGGUGCCAGACCUGGGUGGAGAGUAGCCAGGAGAGCUGUCUGCUGCGUCUCUUUUGGGGACGUGGGCAGCCCCAGAUGGCGUCACUAUGGAGAAAAUGUCCUGAUGGAGGAGGUGCACAUUGCUGCCUUCUGAAGCUCCAGCAAACCCUCUAUCCCAGCUCCCACUGUGGGCACACAAAUACACCUAAGGCUUUGGUCAUGAUCUCCCCACCUGAUCUCACCUUUCUCAAAUUGGGAGAUACCCUGUGCCUGCAGCCCAUGAAAUUUUCACAGACACUCUGGGCACCUAUGAAGCUUCAGGUUACAUCUGUAAAACCUCUUGAACUUUGCAACUUGCCCACGUUUGUAUCCCCUAAUCUGUACCCCCAGAGCAAAGGCCUCUAUAAUCCUGAAAACUAUGGACCCAGGAAUAGGAAGCACGGGGAACUGGGUUCAAAGUCAGGGUCAAGGGUAGAGAAAACCCCAGUUAAAGUAGUUGGUGAAAGCUUCAAAGGAAAGAAAAGUAAGUCAGGCUCCAGACACUGUGGGAAGGAGGUGAAGAGGUCCUUGAGGACUGGAAUUCCUCAUUACAGGAAGGUGAUGGGACCUCCAGACACCCUUCAGACUCAUAGUCCACAGUGGGGCUGGGAGCCAGAAGCAUGA